UGAAGGAGAGACAAGUCAGUGCGUAAAAACGAACUUUAACGCUGAUGCGCAAUAUUGGAGGAACGUGGGAGAUAACCGAUUUUUUGAGUGAAAACGCAAAAAGAAAACAGCAACGGGACGAGCGGCAGGAUAUUUGGUUGUAUGGCACCUCAGUCGUGCGUAAUGAAUCCUGCGCAAGGAUCACCGCCCUCGGCUACUCUGGGGGAGACCUCACCGGAGGACCGAGCUGCUGGUGGCACAGGAGCUGACGAGCUGGACCUGUCAUCUGUCAGAAGGUGUAAAACAAAAAACUUAGAUCUGCCUUUCAGUGUGGAAUCCCUCAUAUCAGAUAGGACACAGGACAGGAGGCUCCACUCUCCAAAACAUGGCUCAGGCUGUGUCCGGGCAGAGGAUACAGAAUGUGCGUCACCCAGUGGACUUUACCGGUCCAAAACCGAAUCCGGGGACCUCAGCGACAAGGAAACGAGCCCGUGGUUACAGACUCCUUAUGCAUCCCCUUCAAGACUUCCCAGCCCGUCAUCGUGCAAUCUACGUAAACACAAAAACAACAGGAAACCCAGAACUCCCUUUACAACCUCUCAGCUGCUGUCUCUGGAGAGGAAGUUCCGUCAGAAACAGUACCUGUCCAUUGCAGAGAGAGCGGAGUUCUCCUGCUCCCUCAGCCUCACAGAGACCCAGGUCAAGAUCUGGUUUCAGAACCGCAGGGCCAAGGCCAAGAGGCUGCAGGAGGCCGAGCUGGAGAAGUUCAAGCUGGUCGCGAAGCCGCUGCUGCCGGCCUUCACCUUCCCCUUCCCCCUGAGCGCACCCAUGGGUGCACCGUCCCUCUACGGGGCGCUGAACGGACCACGGCCUGCCUUCCCCGUCCCAGGACUAUUCGGUGGACCAUAUGGGAUGUACUACUUGUCUUAACCCUCACUAACUUUGAAAUGCAUCGUCUGGAGACCUUCCUUUAAUUAAAAAAAGUUACCUUCAUACAGCAAAUAACCAACAGUGCAAAAAAGCAACUUCGACCUGUCGUGAAUCUUAUAUUUAAACUUUGUAUGAUAUUUUCGUUAUAAGGAAAAAUGUAAUAUUUUUUUUACACAAAUUUACUGGUUUAACAACCUCUUUUACUUCUCAAAGUCCUUCAAUUAUGCCUUAGGAACACGCGAUACGGAAAUAAGUGGGAUAUUUUUCACUUCAUUGGCCUUUUUAAAAUACAUUUUUAAUAAUGAUUACUUACUUUUUAGUCAAAAGUUGUGUUAAAAUUUUUAUUUGCAGUGCAUUCGGUAUUAUCUUUUUGAUAUGACUGACCGAGUGAAGGGUUCAGGCUCAAUUUUCAAACUUCAUUUAUUUUGAGGUUUUCUAUUCCAAUAGAGGUCAGUGAUUUGAAAUGUCGGAAGAGAUUAAAUCAUCAUUUAAAGGCCUGAUGUUUGGGGUUUUUAAGCAAUAAAUCGUGAGGACUGCCUAAAGUGAUUUCCAUGUGAAUGAUUUACCUCCAUUCCCGAGACAUUUGAUUGUUGGAUUGUACCUAAACAUACGAUCAGAGAAUAUAAAGAAGAAAUGAAAGAAACUUGAAGAACAUUAUCCUAAAAGAAAAAUGCAUAUAAUUAAAUAUGGGUCAUCUUCAAUCAUCAAUAACAAGACCAAUCAUGAGCCACACUCUGGAGUGCUCAUUGCCUUUUUCAUCACUGUUGUAAUGAGGUCAAAAAUCCAUGAAAAAUAGUUUAAGACCUUUUUCCUUUUAAAAAAUAAGACGUUUAUAUUUGGCAUUACGAUUUAAUUUGUUCAUGUUUAAUUUGAUACAUGAGAGCUUUCAAUGACAAUGUAUUAUCUAAACAACAUCAUUCUCGUUUGUUUGUAGUUCUUAACACUUUUCUGUUUCAAAAAUAUAAAUCACCUAUAAAAUCAAUCUGUUAAUUAAUGUUAUUUAACUUUAUUACGGUACCUCAAAAGGAGAACUUUUUUUGCACAGAUGUUCAAAGAGCUCUUAAAAGUCUUGUUUCAUUACUAAAUGUAAAUAAAAGUCAUCAGCUAUUUUUGCAAACAUUCAAAAAUGCUAAAUGAAUGUACAGUGUAUUUUAUAUCCAAUGGGAAAAGAGAUGUUUUGUACAAUUAUUAAAAUCUUUUAUGUAAAUUCUGAUAUCUGUCAUUUUCCUCUUCCAAAUUGUCCAUUUAAUUUGUCAUUUAAGCAUUUCCUUGAGCAGCGCUGCUUAUCACCUGAAUGAAUGUAUAUUAACAUCAAAUAUUUGUAAAAAAACAUUUUAUUUGAAGUGUCCCAUA